CCAUGGUUUUUGCGGCGCGCGAAAUUCGAUUCUUCUAUCUUCUGCCCCCAGCCCGCGAGAGAUAGAACCCUGCGAGAGAGUGUGUGUGAGUCUAAGUCGAACUCAAGGAGAGGGGAGAUGGCUACCAGGCAGACUGACCUACUGGCCGUGCUGCAAAAGAGCGCCAGGAACGGUACACUGCUGUCAUCCUGCGAGCCAGAAGUACGAGAGUUGAUGCACCAGAUCGAUGUGCUGAUAUCAGGGAAGCAGGCAGAGUGGGCGGGGCAAUGGACGGGGCUUGAGACUCAGCUGAGGGAGAAGGAGAGGGAGUUGGGAGCUGUCCGACACACUCUGUGGCAGAAAGACACUGAGUUGGCUCAAGUGAAUGAGAAAUAUGAGCAACUGAAGGCAAGAAGACAACACAAGUACUCAUCUCUACAGGGAGUGUCAGCCAGGAAGACUUCUGAGGAGAUACUUCAGCUCAGACAGGACAAACAGGUAUUGGAAGAGACCAAGGCUCAUUUGGAGGAGGAAAGGACGGUACUGGAGGGACAGUUGAACCUUGCCAAACUGGAGACCACAGCACUGCAGGAAACAUGUGCAGCUCUAGAGGGAGAGGUGAAGUUCUGCAGGUCUCAGCUAGAGCAGAAGGACACCCUCGUGGCAGCCAUUGAGCAGAGUCACUCUGUCAGAGGCAAACAACUCCAGGCUCAGUUGAAAAGGUCUCAGGAACUGGCAGAGGCAAGAGCCCUGGCCCUACAAAAAGUUCACGGAGAGUUGGAGGAGAAGAGGAGAGAGGCUGAGGUCGCGUCCGCUGAGGUUCUGUCUCUCAAUUCCCAGCUCUCACACAGUCAGGCCUCAGUGAGGCAAUUGAGGGGCAAGUACGCAGAGCUUCAGGGACAAGUGCAGAAUCUUGAGGACCAGCUAAAGGUGACAGGGACCCAGUUGUCUCAGAGAGAGCAUUCAGUGAGACUUCUGCAGGAGUCCACUCAGAAGAAAGAUAAACUUAUCAAGUCUCUGGGUGGGAGAAAAGCUCAGGUGUCAGAAGUGAGUCGUCUGAAACAGGAGCUAAGCCACGCCCACUCCCAGCUCCAGACUCAGUCCCAGAGAGAGAGGGAGUUGCGAGAGGAAUUGACUUCACUGCAACAGAGGUGAGGCUUCUCUUGCAUAGGAUUGGGAGCUCAGUGUUUUAGUGUGUGUGUGCUUUCCUUAAUGCUCAGACUAAAGUUGAAGUAUGGAAU